UUUCUCUCAGGUACAUGGCAAGGAGUGCAUCAGAGAAAGCUGUAUAAGGAUCUGUUAUCCAACUAUAAUCGUCUGGAGAGACCCGUCCAGAACGACUCUGCCCCCAUAGUGGUGGAGCUGGGGCUGACCCUGCUCCAGAUCAUUGAUGUGGAUGAAAAGAAUCAGGUUUUGAUCACAAAUGCUUGGUUGCAGUUGUACUGGACUGAUAUCUACCUGAGUUGGAAUGUUGAUGAGUAUCCAGGAGUACAGAACCUGCGCUUCCCGUCCAAUCAGAUUUGGGUUCCAGAUAUCCUACUCUAUAACAGUGCUGAUGAGAGAUUUGAUGCCACCUUCCACACCAAUGUCCUGGUCAACUACACGGGAGCAUGCCAGUACAUCCCACCAGGGAUUUUGAAGAGCACGUGUUACAUUGAUGUGCGCUGGUUCCCGUUUGAUAUUCAGAAGUGUGAUCUGAAGUUCGGCUCCUGGACACACAAUGGCUGGCUGCUGGACCUACAGAUGGGUGCUGUGGACAUCUCCACCUACAUUCCCAAUGGGGAGUGGGAUCUAGUGGAUGUCCCUGCGAAGCGCAAUGAACUGUACUAUGAGUGCUGUAAGGAGCCAUAUCCUGAUGUAACGUUCACAGUCACCAUGCGCAGACGGACUCUCUACUAUGCCCUCAACCUGCUAAUCCCCUGUGUGCUUAUCUCAGGUCUUGCCCUGCUGGUGUUCUUGUUGCCAGCUGAUUCUGGAGAGAAGAUCUCCUUAGGCAUCACUGUGCUGCUGUCCCUCACAGUGUUCAUGCUGCUGGUGGCAGAGAUCAUGCCUGCCACGUCAGACUCGGUUCCCCUCAUAGCACAGUACUUUUCAAGCACCAUGAUGAUUGUGGGGCUGUCCGUGGUUGUCACAGUGUUGGUGCUUCAGUUCCACCACCACGACCCUCAGGCAGGAAAGAUGCCAAAAUGGGUGCGGGUGGUACUGUUGAACUGGUGCGCGUGGUUCCUGCGCAUGAAGAAGCCCGGUGCGUCGCGCGGGCGGGGUGCUGGAGGGGGCGGCGGCUAUAAGUACACCCCGGCGUCCCCUCCGCUGCACAGCGCCAGCAGCAUCCAGAUGGGCGCCGUCCCAGGCCAGCCGGCCGGCACCAAUGGCCACAUGAACCUCUACUUUGGCUACCACUCCAUGGACGAGGGCUCCUGCCCAGCCAGCAGCGACUCAGGGGUGGUGUGCGGCCGGGCCGGGGGGUCCCCUCACGAGGAGCAGGACGCCCCGCGCACACUGAGCGAACGAGCGCCUGAGCUGCAGCGCAUCCUGGAGGAGGUGUCUUACAUUGCCCAGCGGUUCCGUGAGCAGGACGAAGGGGAGGCGGUGUGCAGCGAGUGGAAGUUUGCGGCGGCCGUGGUGGACCGGCUCUGCCUGGUGGCCUUCAGCCUCUUCUCCAUCAUCUGCACCUUCACCAUCCUCAUGUCCGCGCCCAACUUCAUCGAGGCCGUCUCCAAGGACUUCACUUAG